ACACAGCUCAGCCUUCUUCAGGGACAUUCACUCAACACCUGCAAACCCCUCUUAAGUCGCCAUGACAUCCACCGCCUCCAUGCGGAGCUACUCCGCAGGCCGACAGCCCUCCUUCUCCAGCCUGUCGCUGCGAGACAGCGGCCGCUCCCGCUCCAAGGCCUCCGUCUCGCUCUCCGCCAGCCCCCUCUCCCACUCCAUCUCCAUGAGCAGCGGCCUGAACGACGCCAGGGGCCUGUCCCUCAACGGGCCGGCGGCCGUGGUCAACGAGAAGGAGGCCAUGCAGGGCCUCAACACCCGUCUCUCCAACUACCUGGACAAGGUGCGCUCGCUGGAGAAGUCCAACGCCGACCUGGAGCUGAAGAUCAAGCAGCUGAUGCUGGAGCGGGCGCCCAAGGGCCACGACAUCGAGGGCAUGAUGGUCCAGGCGCACCUCAUCGAGAACGAGGUGAGGAAGAAGACCCUGGAGAACGCGCGCAUCAUGCUGGAGAUUGACAACGCCAAGCUGGCCGCCGACGACUUCAGAGUCAAGUGGGAGGCAGAGCUGGAUCUGUGUCAGUCUGUGGAGAGGGACUGCCAGGCUCUGAGGAAAGCCAAGUCUGACCACGAGCACAUCAUCGCCACCCUGGCCGCCGACCUGGACAGCCUGAAGGAGGAGCUGUACUUCCUGAAAAAGAACCACGAAGAGGAGCUGGCUGCGAUGAGGGCUCGCCUGGCGAAGGACGAGGUGAGCGUGGAGGUGGACGCCACCCAGGGCCAGGACCUGGGGGCCACGCUGUCCGAGCUGAGGUCGCACUACGAGGGCAUCGUGCGGAAGAACAAGGAGGACGCGGAAAUCUGGUACAAGAAGAAGCUGGACACCGUGCAGUCGGAGGUGAAGGACAGCAACGAGGCCCUGCGCAGCGCUCAGAACGACCUGGUGGAGAGACAGCGCUUCCUGCAGAACCUGGAGGUGGAGCUCGACAGCCUGCGCAAACAGGUGGCGGCGCUGGAGGGUAACCUGUGCGAGACCGGUCAGAAGUACGCCCUGGAGAUGGAGCGGCUCCAGCUGACCCUGACGCAGCUGGAGGGCGACCUGUCGCAGCUGCGUCUGGACAUGCAGCGCAACAAGACCGAGUACGAGCAGCUGCUGCGCAUCAAGCAGAACCUGGAGAUGGAGAUCGCCACCUACAGGCGGCUCCUGGAGGGCGAGGAACAGAUUAAAGAGAUCCCUCCCAAAAGAGAGCCUGAUGUCAGGACCAGGAAGAUUGUGAAGGUGGUCACCCAGACCAUGGUCAACGGCAAAGUGGUGGAGGAGUCCAGUGAGGUCGAGCAGUUCGAGGAGAAGAAGAAGUGAGAGAGAAGCUUGGGGGGACCCCUGCGACCCCCACAAAAACCUUUCUGUGGCGAUGCCACCAUUUCAGUAAUCCUCCUGAUGCUCCUCAUGGAGUUCCCAUUCUCAGCGUCGGCUAAAGUGCAUUCAUCCAUUUGGGGCGGUCUUCCUUUUCUACUGUUACAAGCUACGCUGUACGAAAAACAUGUAAUAUAUUUUGGUUUCGGGGAAUGUCUUUCCAUUUUCCAAUCUUAAAAAAAUAUAUAUAAUAAAGAUGUUUUUUGUUUCA